AUGGCCAAUGUGCCAUCCUACGUGGCAGCAGUUGACGAUGAAUCUGAAUGCCAGCUUCUUUGCGAAGCCGAUGAGCUCUGUGAGGACAGCACGCUGAUCACCCAAUUUGAAUGCGAGGUCUACGGCCUUCCUUCUGCGUUGGGAACUGCGACUCCUGAGGAUUCUCAGCAAGAUACAUACCAAGUUCGUCGGCUUCGGGAUCCCAUAGCUCCCAUAGCUCCCGAAGCUGGAGCUCAAAGAUCUCAAAGUACACUUAGUGGACCUAGAUCACCUAGAUCCGAGAAUUCCAUCGGCUCAAGUCUCCGCAAGGUGCUCUUGGCCACCUAUGCAUCUGGAAAGAUUUUCGAAGAAACACAACAAAGACUGCACGAAAGCCUUGCAGUUGCUGAAAUUGCAGAGCACUGGGCUUGGAAUCAGUCAAUGUUUCAGGGCUCUGGCAGACAUGCGGACUGGUACAAACAACACGAGCGCGUGAACUUUCGACGAGGAGGUGCCUGGAAGCCUUACAUUAUUUGGCAAGCACUCCGACGGGUCAAGUGGGGCGAUUGGCUGGUUUAUCAUGAUGCCUCAAGAUAUGUUCAAGAAGGCUUCAGCUCCUCAGUGCAGCCUCUGUUGUCUUGGCUGGAAGCUCACCGCUUGGACAAUCCUUGCGAAUGUUUACCUGCUGUGAGACUACGGCAAACCUUUGAGCAUGAAUGGUUGCAGCAAUGCGUACCUCCAUAUGGCAAUGCACCUAUCCCAUCGCAUCAGGCCGCAGAUGUGUUCUGCAGUCUGAUGUCGAAGCUUGGCACUUGCAGGCCGAAUGAGCCGAGCUGUUGCACCUGGAACUGGCACCAGUCCACACUGCAGCAUGCUUGGUCCGUUUGGCGCAAGAAUCGGCGCAGUGCCCGCUUUUUACGCGAGUGGGCUCGAGAAGCAGAGGAUUACGAAAAGUUGGCGCACCUUCCCUUUGUCGACCAGAGUCUCAACGCCCUUCUCUUCUACAGGUGGAAAUCCCAGUUGUCCCUACGGGCAUUGUGGGUCCCAAGUUUGUACCUCAAUUCAUGGAGACAGGACAUGGACUUGGGGAGUCUUGGCCGCUGUGAUGGCAACAUUUUCAAGCACCUGAACUUCAUCUUGGAUGAACUCUGGAACGAGGGGGUCUAUCGUCGUCCGCUACUCUUUCUGGUGGACCCUGAAGAGAUGUCGCCCGAGGC